UUCCACUCUGUUAUUCCCCUCACACUCUGCAACCAAGAACUCUUCACUGCAAGGCAACUUUGGCAUAAUUCAGCUACUCAGAGCUUUUCGCGAACCGUAGCCUCCGACGCUUAUCAUCCCUCGCCUUGCACCGCGAUUUGCAGCUUGUCAAACAGCUGUCCUCGACCGACAUCGUCAUCCCAACUCGAUCACCAAUCCACAACGUCACAUUUACACUUUAGCCCAACAUGAUGUCUGGAGAAGCCUGGUUGUUUUUGUUGUCGGUGCUUAUCAACGCCGUCAACCUCUUUUUACAGGUUUUCUUCACUAUUAUGUACAGCGAUUUGGAAUGUGAUUACAUUAACCCCAUUGACCUCUGCAACCGACUCAACACCUAUAUCAUCCCCGAGGCUGCUGUGCACGGUUUCUUGACCUUCCUCUUCCUCAUCAACGGUUACUGGGUGCCUCUCAUUCUCAACUUGCCUCUCCUUGGCUGGAACGUCAAAAAGAUUGUUGACAACACUCAUCUCCUCGAUGCGACUGAAAUCUUCCGCAAGCUCAAUGUCCACAAGAAGGAAUCUUUCUUCAAGCUUGGCUUCCACCUGAUCAUGUUCUUCUUCUACCUCUACAGCAUGAUUGUCGCUCUUAUCCGAGACGAGUCCUCCUAAAAUGCUACCCCUCUCGAAUGAGCCGUGAUCCGACUAUGACCGAUGCCGGGCAAUGCUUGGCUACGUCAAAUAGAACAGAUCGCAACAUCUUAACAAGCUGGUUGAGCUCGGCUGACACCCAGAGCCGAGUCGACUGGUCACGCGA